AUUUUACCUAAAAUCAUUGCCAAUAAAUUAUAGAAUUAAUUCCCUCUAUCUAUUAUCGCCGCCGCUUCCUUUCUUCGCGCGAGAGAAAACGGCCUGAAAGAUUACAUUAGAAAUGGAGUCACCAACCAAAUCGGAGAGCGUUUGUAGAGACCCUAGAGUUGUUGGAGAGGAUGAUGUUGACGAUGAUCCGCCGUUGCUGAGCUUUCAUGCCCUAGCUGCACUCAAGGAGUUCCUUGCCGAACAAACCCAGCCCUCCACUGAGCCUCACUUGGAAAAUGGAGUUUCCGAGGAUUCGGAAGUCGCUUUAGUGGCGGAGGAUUGGAGGCUGAGUCAAUUCUGGUACGACCGCCACACGGCGGAGACAGUGGCUGAUGAGGUUCUUACGCUAUGCCAGAAAUUUGAUUCUCCUCGGGUCGCCUGUAUUGCUUGCCCCACUCUCUACACUUAUCUGAAGAAAAUUGGUCCCAAUGUAUCUGCACAACUUCUUGAGUAUGACAAACGCUUUUCCCAACAUGGUAGUGAAUUCACAUUUUAUGAUUACAAUGAACCAGAAGAAUUGCCAAUGGAAUUGAAGCACAAUUUUCAGAUUGUAGUAGCAGAUCCUCCUUACCUGAGCAAAGAAUGUUUGGAGAAAGUCGCUCAUACAAUUUCUUUUCUAGCACAACAUAGUGAAUCUUACCUGCUAUUACUAACAGGAGAAGUGCAAGCAGAAAGAGCAGCUGAGCUAAUGGGUUUCCAUCCAUGUGGUUUUAGGCCACACCACUCUAGCAAGCUCGGAAACGAGUUCCGACUAUUCACGAACUAUAAUCCGGGGACGAGAUUAGGAGGUUGGGAGCAAUAGAUUCUGGAUCUCAUCAUUUUUUAUUCCGUUCAAGUGGUGGUGAUGGUUCAUGCCUACAGUCGAAGAAGGAUUCAGUGAGAACUCUGUGAACUUAUAGAAGUGAAUGGGUGCAAAAGCCAAAAGGUAAUGGGUAAAGUGUGAUUACGUUGAAGUACCGACGGAGAACGCUCACUAGCACUUGUAAUAGAAAGAUUUGUAAGCUCCAUGAUUUCUAUUAGUUGGGGAAUAGACUGUUCAUUUUUGUUGUUGAGGACUGAUAUUCAAACGUCUAAGGAACAAAGUUUUUAAUCAUUCAAAAUGAAAAAGUGUAAAAUUAAAGUUAAAGAUUGAAUUAAUUUUGGAUAA